UCUGUACAAAGUAUGCUUAUGGAGGUUCCGGUAAACGACAAUACUCCCCUGGUAGGUACCCUUGGUCGUAUAGCCUUUCCUUUGAUAGGUAGCUUUUCGACAUCCGUGCUUUCUUGUCUCUUCAAACACCCGAAACCGUUUUGUUCUCGUACGGAUUUUUUAUUCUUACUUCGUGUCUUUGAUAACGAUGCGGCGUCGAGUGCAUUAUGCGGCGCCGCCGCCGUUUAUUUUCGCCCCACAUAAUGAUCCUAUUUCGUUUUUUCCCUUUGGUUUUCUUGCGGGUUUAAAGGCUGCUUCACUCCGCUCUUGACUCCCCCUAUUCUCCUCUUUUCCUCGUCUGUUAAGUUUUCUUGUGUGUUUGUUAGAUAGGGAAGUAACAAGCUGCGAUGAUUUGAACCUUUUUUUUUUCUUUACCAUUUUGUAUUGAUUUAUCCCUUUCCCUUAUCCUCUCGCCAUUCAUUGAUUCCAAUUACCCUUGGGAAAUCUCGUCAAUAUACUUAAGUUGUUGUUGUUGUUGUGUUCUUUGGUAAAUGGCAUCCUCGACCCCAACAUAAGAAGGAAAGAAAAAAAGGAGGAAAGCGAAGAUAAGAAAAGGGCCGAUUAAUUCAAGUCGUCGAAUUGCCAUCAAUCAUGUCUUCGUCGUUUACUGCCGCCAAUCGCAAUCGCAGUAGCAGCAGCUCAAAUACCACCACCACCAAGUCCAACCCCUGGACAAUCAGCAAAAUCCUCCAGUACACAAUCUUCGCUAUAAUCGGCUACGUUCUCGCCGGAGCACCUCUCCGAACCAUUCUCUUCUCGCACGCACCGUCGUCUUCCUCGUCGUCAUCGUUAUCGGCUACGAGAGCGCAUCUAAGGGCUGAGCGCGCGCGGGCACUGCGUGAAGGAAGCGGUAGCAGCGGGGAUGUGCAGAUCUCGCAGGAGAAGUUGGAUGGGCUGGUCAUCCCGGAUCGCAACCUGACGUGCGGGGAAGAGCAUGGGUUCAAGGGCGUUUAUGUGUUGAAUCGCGAUCCGCUGGUGGUUUAUAUUGAGGGGUUUAUGAGUGAGGAAGAGUGUGGGCAUGUUGUUGGGGUUAGCGACCCCCUCUUCCAACCCUCGACCAUCUGGACCAGAGGCCAAGAACGUCUCGACCCCACCGUCCGCCUCUCUGAAAAAGCACGCGUACCACGCUCGCAAACCGUGCAGUGCAUAGAAGAGCGCGCCCGCACAUUCCAAGGCUGGCGACCCUUCGUCUUCGUGGAAAAGUUAUGGGCGCAAAAGUACGGUCCCGGAGGCCACUACUCCUACCACUACGAUUGGGGUCUCGCGACCCGGGGGUCCGGGAGAAUCAGCAGUUUCAUGGUGUGGUUAGGCGACGAGUGCGAGGGAGGAGGCACGAGAUUUCCGCGGCUGGAGAGGCCGAUUGGGGAGGGGUGGUGUCGGUUUAUCGAGUGUGGGGACGAAGAGAAAGCGAGGAGAGUGAAGGAUGAAGAAGAGCAGGGGGAAGAGGCGGAGGAGGGGAUGGGUAUUACGUUCAAGCCGAUUAAAGGGAAUGCGGUGUUUUGGGAGAAUCUGAGGGAGGAUGGAACGCAUUAUGAAGAGAGUUGGCAUGCGGGGUUGCCGGUUACCAAGGGGAUCAAGGUUGGGUUGAAUAUUUGGAGUUGGUAUGAGGAAGGGUUUGAUCCGUAUGCGGCGGAGACGAUAGUUGAAUAG